AUGUCGCUGUACGAUGAAGAUCACUGCAGUUUUGAAAUAUCUAGAGAUCGCUUCAAGCUGGAUGCGAUUUCAUUGAAUAAACCACCAGAAGAAGUAUUCGACGUCGUCGGGAAACUUGGCGAAGGGUCGUACGGAUCGGUGCACAAAGCAAUUCAUAAGCAAACCGGCCAUGUGCUUGCAGUCAAGAAAGUACCUGUGGAUACGGAUUUACAGGAAAUAAUCAAAGAAAUUAGCAUAAUGCAGCAAUGCGACAGUAAAUAUGUCGUUAAAUACUAUGGUUCAUACUUCAAAAACUCCGACCUUUGGAUUGUUAUGGAAUACUGUGGUGCUGGUUCAGUUUCUGAUAUUAUGAGAAUUCGUAAAAAAACACUAAAUGAAGCAGAAAUUGGUGCUGUUACUAGGGAUGUUCUGAAAGGUUUACGUUACUUGCACGAUUUAAAGAAGAUCCAUCGAGAUAUCAAGGCUGGCAACAUAUUGCUCAAUGCGGAAGGUCAUGGAAAACUAGCAGACUUUGGUGUCGCUGGCCAGUUAACGGAUACUAUGGCUAAAAGGAACACCGUUAUUGGAACACCAUUUUGGAUGGCACCAGAAGUGAUUCAAGAAAUUGGUUAUGAUACAAAAGCUGACAUUUGGUCACUCGGGAUUACUGCUAUGGAAAUGGCUGAAGGUCGUCCGCCUCAUGCUGAUAUCCAUCCAAUGAGGGCCAUUUUCAUGAUCCCAACAAAGCCACCACCAACAUUGAAAUGUGAAGGCGACUGGUCACAAGACUUUGUGGAUUUUGUUGGUCAGUGUUUAGUCAAAAAUCCUGAUGAGAGAAAAUCUGCUUAUGAUCUACUGGAGCAUCCAUUUGUGGUUAAUGCAUCGCCAUCAACCGUUUUGUUGAACAUGAUUGACGAAGCUCGGGGUAUUGCUAAUUUUGCUGCUCAAGAAAUUCAGGAACGUACCCUCGAAAGCGCAAGUGAUUCCACUCUAAUACAGGAAAGAACACAUGGCGAUGAAUCCAAUGAAAUGGAAGAUAUGACACUUAUACGGCAUGAUAUUCCGUCAACGCCAACCAAUGGUGAUCCUUACAAAAUGAUGCCUUCAAAAACAAUCACUCAGCAGAUAAAUUCAGUGCGACUGCCUGGAGUUCGUCCUCCAGGUGACACAGGUUAUGUACAUAACCUGCAGCAAGCAAAUGCAAUAGCUGAGGGAGGAAAACCAUUGGAAUUGCCUAGUCAUAAGAUGCUAUAUGUAAAUCAGAAAACGGAGGAGCAAAAGCAUGAUCAGAUAAAUCCAGUGAAUGAUGGUGUCCAUUAUGGUGAUGCAAAUAUCAUGAAUGGUAUUGGUAUGCCGCAAACAUUGUUCAGCACCGAUUCAUCUCACGAUACUUCGUAUAUUGAUCAACAUUUUAACAAAGCAUACGUGGAUGGCGAUUACAGUUUUCUAGCUGAACUUCCACUGGAAGAAUUAAUGCGAAGAAAAGCAAAUCUAGAAGCUGACAUGGAUGUGGAAUUACGCGAGUUGCAAGCGCGCUACCAAACCAAAAGGCAGCCAAUUUUGGAUGCAAUUGAAAAUAAAAAGGCUAAAAUAACUCAGUACUGAUACUAGUGAGAUAUUUUAUUUGCAUUUUAGACUGGUUGUUGCGAUUUUCAUUCUCCAUAAGUGCUUUGCUUUUUGGUCUUGUCAUAAUAUUCCAGGUUUGUCUUUGUAGCUUCUUUUUUUGUAGUCUAAUAUUUUAUUCGCAAAAUAUUGUAAUAUAGUAGCAUAUUUUUCUAUUUAUCACUAGCUCAAAG